AAUUAGUGGUCGCUAAAUCUGAAUCUGGGGUCAGAUUUGGGAUUGCGGUCCACCCAGAGGACCCACGGAAAACCUAAUUCUUUUUGCAGUGUCCAUACAAUGCCCACAAAUAGGCGGCGUGUAGGCGCCUUUAGUGCAGGCGCCAUGCGUACAUUUUUGGUAUUUCCCUUCUUGCCUUUACUUACCAUCUCUUUUGUGUGCUAGUUUGAAAAAUUCGAUUAAAUGUGACUUUUGUCAACAUGACAGCACCAGUCAAUUAUAUGGCGUGUUAUGGAAAUAAAACGUACGGUAAGCUUUUAACGAACUGCAAUAAUUUUAUUGAUAUCGCGUAAACGAUACAACCUCAAUAUUUAUUCAACUUUUUCAUUUCUGUCAUUAAAUAUUAGCUAUAUAGAAUUAUAAACCUCUCAAAGAACAUUGUUCUAGUUUUGUAGAACUAAUUGUUAAUAGUGAAUUAUGACAAAGUUCGGCGGCGACAAUCUCAACAGGACCACAAAUAGAGGAGUCGAAGCAAAAGAAGUGGAAAUUGCUAAUAUAACUUUAGAUAGGCAUUCAAACAGCUGCAGUAGCAGCUUGCCUGCAUCAAGGCCCGUUUGCGGCGAUUCCGCCAGCAGCGCCGGCGGCGGCGGCGACGGCGGAUCCCACCCGUUACCCGUGAGCAGCAGCUCCUACGUCCAGGUGGUGGUGCAGCAGCAGCGGGUCUCGGCGCCGGCGCCGGCGGCGGCAGCGGCGCGGCACUCGCCGCGACUGCCGCGCGCCUCUAGCCCUCUGCGGCACUUUUACGUAAUAAACGCGGCGAUGAACACAACUGGUGACGUAGAAGGAUGCGGCGGCGGGUGCGGCGGGUGCGGCGGGUGCGGGGAGGGCGUCGGCGCCCGCGCCCGCGCCCGCGCCCGCGCCGGUGCAGAGAGCGUGCUGCUGCUGCCGGCGUCGCUGGUGCUGCCCGCGCGACCCGCACGCGGUCGAGACUCCCAUGCCGCGAGGGAGUAUUUGGCAGGCGGUGACAGCCCGCGCCGCGCCGUGCCUGAUGCUGGCGGCGCUGCCGGAGACGCACGACAGUAUGAUAAGGAGGCGCAUCAUAUGACGGAGAAACCAGCCACAUGGAGGAUGUUGAGCAAUAUAAGUAACACAAACUUAGACCUCAGCGAAAACGGGCCGGAGCGCGUGGAGGUGUACUACUUCGAGCAGGGCGCGGGCGAGUACCUUCAGACGAGCGAGGCGGGCGGUGCGUCGGCGUGCGAGCGCUGGGCGCAGGGAGCCGCGCGCCGCGCCGCCGCCGCGCUCGUGCCGCUGCCCGCCGCCGCGCGUCUGCUGCUCGCCGCGCCACUCGCGCUCCUCAUCACACUCGAGAGGUGCGCGCUAAUGGUGGUGCGCGACCUGGUAACGGGAGUGGUGCAGACGGCGUCGGACUACGCCCUGAAGCCGGCGUUGGCGCUGGUGUUCAACGCGGUAGUGCGGCCGCCGCUGGUGUUCGCGGCGAACGUGUCGCGAGCGGUGCGCGCGGCCCUGCGCCCGCUCGCCGCCGCCGCCACGGACGCCGUGGAGCCGGCCGCCGCGCUCCUGCGCUCCCUGCGACUCGUCACCGUGCGAUAUGACCGCGCCGGGGGAACACGUCUCCGCCCCGACACUGAUGCAUGAUCUUUUUUUUCAGUGAUAAUAAAUUCAUUCGCGUAAAGCUAGUUUAUAUUACUUUCAUUUCCAUGCUGUUCUUGGGGUUGGGAGCGAAAUAAACUGACCAGCUUACUUCCUUCCCUAAGCAGAUAUAUCCACUCUCCUGGAGCGCUUAUCGACGGAUUGAGUACUUUUUUUAUUUUUGAAAUAGAAAUGGAAGAGUCUAGAAGAAAUGUUUGGGAUUAUGGUUGAAGAUCUGCAUUUGGUGAAUGAGAUUAUUUAACUUUUAGCGAGCAGAGAUGUGUAAAAUCUAUAUCUAUACUAAUAUCAUAAAGAGGAAAGAUUUGUAUGUAAGUAUGUUUGUAACCAAUUGGAUCAAAAAGUACUGGACCGAUUUUAAAAAUUCUUUCCCCAUUUGAAUGCUACGUUUUCACUAUUUAUUUUCAAAAAAAGUUAGGGUUCCGUAUGAAAACUUCUAUAAUGUAACCCAAAGUGUGUAAAAAAUACCAAAAAAAAUUUUAUCGCGGACGAUGCGGAAUUCAUUGACAAUAGAGCAAAGUGAUAUACUAAAGUUUUAUAUCUACCAAAAAGUCCGCGAUACCAUAUGUCUAACUAUUACAGUUAUGUCACAACUAGAUGUCCCCUGCGGUUUCACAUGCAUUAAUUUGAAGAAAAAGGAUUACAGGGAGUCAAACUUAAAAUAUAAACAUAGGCUGUCCUGGACUUUUUUACAGAACUUUUAAAAGGGAAGAAUUCCGUCGAACAUGAUUUUUGUGUAACUAUAACCGUUUACCCAGGGCACGCAACGGAAUCUCACGAAUGGAAUGUUUUUACCCGGUUUUGCAACAUUUUUCACCGAUGCUCUGCUGCUACUGGUCGUAGCCCGGUUAAUAUAUAGCCUACUAUAGCCUUCCUCGAUAAAUGUAAUGUCCAAUACAAAAAUAUUUUUUCAAAUCGGAACAGCAGAGCAUAGUUGCAUUCGUACAACUGGUCCCAAACUACGCAACGAAUUUUUUACUUGGAAUGAUAGGUUUAUAAUUAUUAGGUUUAUAAAGUAUAUAAUACAAUCCUAUGAACAAAAACUAUAUGUAGUUUACACUACAGCUCUACACCGAAGCAAAGCGAGGGCGGGCCAUUAGUACAUUAUAAAAGUAUUGAAAUACAAAAUGUAAAUACGUUUAUAUUUUUUUAAAUCAAAUACAAAAUACGUCUAAUACUUUAUUAUAAUAUAUCUACUAUACCUUUAGUUUUAAACUGUGUUUAUUUCAUUGGAAUUUUUUUUAUCGUAGUAGCCCGAAAACAAUACAAUUCAGGUCAGCGUCUUAUCAUAGUGAGAAAACAAAAAUCGCAUCAAAUUGGUAUAGCUGUUGUCUUAGCUCAUCAAAAAAAUAGGGAUGUCUUAGCUUUAGAUUAAAACAAAAAGAGAAGAUACGACACUCGCGGCUCAAAAGUUAUCCGCUUAAAUUUUGGUGCAUGCUUUUUUGUCAUCUGCUACUCGAUACGGGGCGAGUUAACAAACUACUAGCGAACUCGCUGGGUUGUAAACUUGCCCCGUGACAUCGAGGCUUUUUAGAGCAUCUAAGGUUGAAGCGUACAGUUGUCUCGCUCGAUGGAUUGAACACAUAAUAUAAUGGGCCGCGGGCCCCGAUCUAUUAUCACCCAGUUCGGAGGAAGAUGUUCCCGUUUGGCCUUGCUACAUCUGACGACCGUGGCCGAGUGGUUUGUACGCCGGGUUUCAUGGUGUCGCCGACUCGAGAGGUCUCGGGUUCGAAUCCCGGUGGGGGCAGAUGUUUGUGUGACGAAUACGAGCAUUUGUACUCCAGUUAUGGAUGUUUAAUAUGUAUUUUUAUAUAAAUAUACUUAUAUAUGUAGGUACUGUUUAUGUAUUCUAACCGUUACCCUAGUAUACCAUAACACAAGCCUUACAAUGCUUGCUUUGGGGCUAGGCUAAUAAUAAUUAAUAUUUAUUUAUUUAAUAUAGAAAUGUGCGUGCUUGAGAGUUGUUUAUGUAGUUGAGUCGGAGCAUAUCCGUGGCGGCAUUUGCAGAGGCGCGUACUGAUUUCUUUUAUGCAAUAAUGGGCGAGUAGGGAUGUAACGAUACCAUCUGGGUAUCGAUACUUUUACUCGAUACUGUAUCGGUCAUAAAGUAUCAAUGCUUACUCGGUAUCGAAUGAAAAGUAUCGAUAAUUUUUUACGAACUAUAUUACAAUUACAAAUUAAGUCAGUUUUAAUUUAACGAAAACAAAAUAACGACUCACACCACGCGAUCGAUGACGAAUGACUGAAUGAAUAAAUAUAAAUCAUAUGUAAGGUUGCCAACUGAGCAGAAGAAAAGGUGCGUUCGCGAAUUGAAAACCAACUAGACAUCUUACCAUAGAGUAAAUAAUCUGCUUACGAGUUUUUUUUACUUCUUAGUGACCGAUUGAAUACUGAUAUAAGUAUUUACUUCACGAUACUAUUCGUUACUCAGUUCUAAAGUAUCGAUGCCAAAAGUACUCGGUAUCGAAAAUUCGAUACUUUUU